AUGGCCGGAACAGCUACCCAGAAGAGGAAAAAUGACGGCCGACUCGCGCCCCCGUCCAAAAAACAAAAACGACAAGAUAAGAAGCAGGCGGAGCCCGCCUCGGAGGAUGAAGACCAAAGUUUCGACGCUGUGAACCUCGUCGACUCGGACGACGAUGACAUCCUCAACGCCAACGUCGACGACGGCGCCGUCUCGGACGACGACGAUUCAGUGAGCUCCGCCGACGAGCGCCCAGCGCCCAAGAAGAAGACAAAACCCGCUCCCUCGGCGGCGAAGGAGAAGAAGAAGAAGAGCAGAGACGCGCCCGCCGGCACGGACUCGGACUCGGAAUCGGAAGAGGAGAGCGGCGACGACGGCGAGGGCGCGCCGCAAAGGACAAAAUCCAAACGCAACGACCCGUCGGCCUUUGCGACGUCCAUGUCCAAGAUCCUCGCGACCAAGCUCACCACGGCGAAGCGGGCGGACCCCGUGCUCGCCCGCAGCGCCGAGGCGCACGAGUCGGCGCGGGCGGCCGUCGACCUGGCGCUCGAGGCCAAGGCGCGCAAGCAGCUGCGGCAGCAGAAGAAGGAGGCGAUGGAGCGGGGCCGCGUGCGCAACGUGCUGGUGGCGCCCGAGACGGAGAACGUGUCGACGGGGGACAUGAUUGAGACGGAGAGGCGGCUGCGCAAGGUCGCGCAGAGGGGUGUCGUCAAGCUCUUCAACGCCGUGCGCGCGGCCCAGGUCAAGGCCGUCGAGGCGGAGAAGAAGGCUCGCAGGGACGGCGUCGUGGGCGUGGUGAGGAGGGAGGAGAAGAUCAACGAGAUGAGCAAGAAGGGGUUCCUGGACCUGAUUGCGUCCGGCGGCGGGGGGCUGAAGAAGGGCGGUUUGGAGGAGGCUUGA